UCAGUGUAGUAUUGAUGCACUGUUCGAACGCACGAUCAAACACAUGCCUUUCUUGCAAAGUGUCACAAAACAUGCAGACAAACUAAAGCAGACUGGAGAGUCAAAGAUUAUCAGUAAGGAAGGAGGAUUGCUUUUAAAGGAUAAUCUUGAAGGUGGAGCAACAUGGGCAUAUGAAGUAGGCUCACAGUCUAUGGUCUGCCCUAUUAUAGUUGAGGAUCUAAAUCAACCUCGUCAAAUGCUUGUGGAGAUGCUUUGCGAGGAACGGGGCUUAUUUUUGGAAAUAGCUGACAUUAUAAGAGGAUUGGGCUUGACUAUCCUGAUGGGGGUGAUGGAAAACAAGGAACGACAAAAUAUGGGCACAAUUUAUUGUAGAGGCGAACAGAGAUGUCACAAGGAUGGAGAUAUUCAUCUCACUCGUUCGCCUCUUGGAGCAAACAGCAAAAGGUGGAACAGAACCUGUCAAUGCUGCUGAUAACAACACAACAAUGGUGCAUUCAUUCCACCAAGCAGCGACAUUACCUGCAACUGGUAGAUCUUGUAGUUUGUUGUGAUCAACAUGUUACUACUGCUUCACCUGGUAAUGUUAAGAGAAAGCGACAAUUACAUGCUUGCCAUGACUAACAUUUACACCAAAAUGAUACUUCUGGUGGUUCUAACGAAACUCGGUAAUUUUUGUGUCCCAUGAGCCAAGGUGUAUCAAAAGUUCAGAAUCCCCUGAAGAGCAUAAGCUCUACUUUAGGCCCUCAUUCAAGGUGGAUAGAAUAUUCCAAUCCACCCCUGGUUGUAAACUUGUAAAAUAUGUAGCAAUCAAAUGCUAUAAAAUACCUCCUGUAGGAUGCUAUGAUUGCACAAAUUAGUUGUUGUUUUGAUUCUUUCCUUAAAUGUGCUUGUUUUAUGGGGUUGGUCAUAAAAGGGUUGUUUGUUAGUUUAAUGUAUAGGAAAGUUUGAGAU